AUGUUCAACGAUUCCAUCUCCACUACUCCACCGCCGCCUACGCAGCAGGAGCCGAUUCAUGGAACCAGCAGCAGCUGCUGGGAUUGUUGUUAUUACAAUUACAACAAUAAUCACCGCCACUCUACCUCCUCCCCCGAUCCCUGCACCAACGGAUUCGACGGCGCAUUUUUCAACCCGCCGCCGCCUGUGACGGCGGCGUCCGCAUCCGUUCCCCCUGCAGCACGGCGGAAGCGGCGGCGGACCAAGAACGCGAAGAACGAAGAGGAGAUAGAGAGCCAGAGGAUGACCCACAUCGCGGUGGAGCGCAACAGGAGGAAGCAGAUGAACGAGUACCUCGCCUUGCUUCGCUCUCUCAUGCCCUCUUCCUACGUUCAAAGGGGAGACCAAGCUUCGAUAAUUGGAGGAGCAAUUAAUUAUGUGAAGGAGCUGGAGCAGCAGCUGCAGGCGAUGGAAGCUCAGAAAGCAGCUAAUCAUCAACACGCCGAACACGACGAUGAUGGCCAGGCAGGAUUGGAUAACGGCCGUGGAGACCAAGCUUCGAUAAUUGGAGGAGCAAUUAACUUCGUCAAGGAGCUGGAGCAGCUGCUGCAGGCCAUGGAAGCUCAGAAAGCGGCUAAUCAUCAUCAACAACAUGCUCAAAACCACGACCAUGGUCAGGCAGGGUUGACUGAUAACGGCCGUUUGCCGUCGCCGUUAUUUUUCGAGUUCUUCGCCUUCCCACAGUACUCAACUCGGAACCAGACCCUGCAGGCUCAGUCGCCGGAGGAGUCGUCCGGCAACGGGAUGGCGCCCGACAGUUUGGGUGGUGUAGCGAGGGAGGCGGCGGUUGGAGAGAUAGAAGUGACGAUGGCGGAGAGUCACGCUAACGUCAAGAUUCUGGCCAGGAAACAGCACCGGCAGCUGGUGAAGCUGGUCGCUGGGCUGCAGGGACUCGGGUUGACGAUUCUUCACCUCAAUGUUACCACGACCACCUCGGAUCAAAUGGUUCUUUACACGGUUAGCUUCAAGGUGGAGGAAGGGUGUUAUUUGAACACGGUGGAUGAGAUCGCAGCUGCCGUCAAUCAAAUGCUACGGCGGAUUAUUGAAGAAGGAAGCUAUACUGGUCAAGCUUGUUAGCUAGCUGCUUUUUUAGGUGGCGGAAUCAAUUAAUUAAGCUGUAACGAACUUUUAUUCCCUUUGGUUUUGGUCGUGGUGAAUCUAUUUGGUAC